GAACGUUACCGGGGUUACCGGCUACGCCAAUUGCACGUUAGACUUAAACUGUUAGCGUUCGGUGCUGUGCGUGCUGAGUUGGCAGCGUUGGCAGUCUUGACGGCGACAACCGCGACAACUCUGUAACUGUACUGUAUAUCGGAUGGUACCGUGAAUUCAAAGUGGAAUUUAGUAAUGAAUGUACUUAAACGAUAUACUUAAAUAUUAUUACUUAAUGAACUAUGAGCGGGCAAAAAUUUCAAUAUGACGAAAGUGGCGGGACAUUUUUCUACUUUUUACUCUCGUUUCUGGCACUUCUCUUGAUACCUGGGACGUACUAUCUUUGGCCACGUUGUCCGAAGCAAGAUCCAGAUCAAGAGGCAAAAGAAUGUCAAUGCGAUGGGUGUAAAAAGAAAAAAAUUAUCUUGCAACUUAAUGAACCAUGGAAAGAAACCAAAGCAUUAUUUAAAAAGUUCCUUAUUAUUCUGGGAUGGGUGAUCCUUAUAUUUUUGGCAUAUAAAGUAUCACAAUUUGACUAUGAAAUGGCCAAUUUUGAUCCUUUUGAAAUAUUGGGAGUUUCUCCUGGUUCAUCGCAAAGCGACAUUAAAAGAGCUUAUCGUAAACUUUCUUUGAUUCUGCAUCCAGAUAAAGAAACUGGAAAUGAGAAAGCAUUUAUGAAACUAACCAAAGCUUAUCAGGCUUUAACGGAUGAGGAAGCACGAAGGAAUUGGGAAAAGUAUGGAAAUCCAGAUGGUCCUGGAGCAAUGAGCUUUGGAAUAGCUUUACCAUCUUGGAUUGUUGAAAAAGAAAAUUCUGUAUGGGUUUUGGGAUUGUAUUCAUUGGUGUUUAUGAUUGCUUUACCAACAGUUGUUGGAAUGUGGUGGUAUAAGAGUAUUCGUUAUACUGAUGAUCAAGUACUACUACAAACUUCUGAAAUGCACUACUUUUUUUUCGUGAAAACACCUUCGAUGUCGUUAAAAAGAGUCAUCAUGGUGCUUGCUGCUUCUUUUGAAUUUUAUAAAAGACGAAAUCCAGAAAUAGUUGAAAGGCACACAGAUUAUGAGGAAGUUUAUUCGCUGAUUAAGCAGUUACCCCAGUUGGGGGUAAAAAACAAAGAAGAACCAUUAUGCAAUUCGUAUUCAAUUAAAGCUAGAGCUUUACUUCAUGCGCAUUUAUCUCGUAUACCGCUAAAUCCAGAAACUUUGGAGAAAGAUAGGCAAUACGUAGUAAAAAAAUGUGCAUACUUACUUCAAGAAAUGGUCACUUGUGUCAACAGAGUGAUUCUAUUAGCUUAUGCUAGAAGAGUUCCGCAUUUACCCAGUAUAAAAACUGUAGAAAAUUGUAUGAAACUGUGUCCUAUGAUAGUACAAGGUUUUUGGGAAUUUAAAAAUCCUCUUCUACAAUUACCACAUAUAACUGAAGAUAAUUUAAAAUGUUUCUUAGCAAAAAAGCAUCAAAUCAGAAGUCUUCAACAAUUUGCACAAUUGAAAGGAGAAGAAAGAAGACUGAUACUUAGAAAUUUAUCAGACAGUGAUUAUGAAGAUGUUAUGAAAGUUCUUGGAAGUAUGCCGUACAUAGACUUUAAAGUGCGAUCUGAAGUAAUUGAUGAUGAAAACCCCACGGUUUAUACUGCUGGUGCUAUUGUAACUGUGACAGUAUCAUUAACUCGCAAAGACAUGAAACAGUUGUUUGGAGACGAUACUGUCAAGGAACAAAUAAUGAUUGAGGAUAGUAAAGUAGGUAGUGGCGAAGGUGCCGAAGAACCGCCAGAAGAACAAAACCAAGUUGUAAAGAAGCCUGCAUGGCUCAGACAAAAAAAAGGUCAAAAGAAGUCUCAUAAGAAAGGUAGUAGUAAAAAGUCUGCUUCUGUAAAAAAUGCUCAGUCACAAUCCCAGUCUGGCAAUGAGAAUGCUCAACAAACAAAUACUCCUAAUGCAAAGAAAAAAGAAGAUAAAGUAGAAAAAGAGUCUUCCAAAGAUAAAUUGUCCGAUGUUAGUGACAGCGAUAUUGACAGCGACAGAAGUGAUGACGAAGAUAGUCAUGAUAAAAAAGAUGUAUCAGUCGAUGAUGAUGAUACAGAAUGGGAAAGGUUUCAACAAAGAAUUUCAAAGAGAGAAAAAGUUUUGGAGGGAAGGAGCAAUUUAUCGCACGAAGUUCACUGUCCGCUCUUUCCAGAUGUUAAACAAGAAUAUUGGUGGGUUUACAUCUGUGAUCGAAAGAGUCAGACUUUACUGACAACUCCUAUUUUUGUCAAGUCAUUAGCGCAUUUUGAAGAAGUUCAGUUAAAGUUUACAGCACCACGGUGGCCAGGUGUUUAUACAUUUACUGUAUGUUUACGUAGCGACUCUUAUCUUGGCUUCGAUCAAGCUCAAAAUAUUAAGUUGGAUGUGAAAGAAGCACCAGAAGUACCUACAGAACAUCCCCAAUGGGAUAUUUCAGACGAAGAAACUGCAGAAGAUGUUGAUGCAGCUGACGAACAUUCCGAGUUCACAACUGAUGAGGAUAUCAGUGACAAUGAAUAAUAUCUGUUUCUCAGGAUUGAACCAAUAGAUAUUCAAGACAGUCUUGUUUUUUCCUGUUUUUAUUUUUUACUUCUGAAGUUAAUGUACAAUGAACUUUUAUACGUGGAAUUGCAUAAUCGUUGAUGUAUGUGGACAAUCUAGGAAAAUAGUAUGGUGUGUAAGAUUUCUCAGUGAAGAGAAAGUAAUAGUAAAUAAAAAUCAUAAUAUUUAUUUUAACAUUGUUGUUUAAUCCUCAGUUUAGGAUGUGUAUACAAUUUUUUAAUAAAAUAUAUCUU